CAUGGCAAUAGCUUACCGAUGGAGGUUGCCACAUGGAAAAAGUAUUGCUAUUGACCCAGUAACGAGUCAGUUAAAUGUACUUUUGUUUAAUUACAGAUAUACGACACCAACAGAGUUGUCCUAAAGGUAGACUGUCACCAUGACCACUGUUUUGAAAACGGGUAUCAGCAUAUUUCGACCAUCUGCAGUGUCCCCGUACCGCCCCAUCCUACAGACUGUGUUAGGUGUAGGGUCUACGGUGUGUGUCACAGACUUGCUUGUACCCACAGCAGAUCAUAUGAUUGACCAUAUCAAGGAGGAUUCGCUAGUCUGUUCCAUUAAACAAAUGAUCAAUCCAGGUACAAAACCAGGUGUUGUCACUUUCCAUUGCCGACAGUUCAGCACCACCUGUCAAGUGAGGCCAACUUUCUCCAGCAGUAUACAGGUGAGAAAUGCCUCCACGGUAUCAGGAUCCACCUACGACUACGUCAUCAUUGGUGCUGGCUCGGCUGGCUGUACUCUUACCAAUCGGCUGUCAGCUGACCCUAACAACAAGGUGUGUGUUCUGGAGGCUGGUCCAAAAGACUACACCUGGAAGAUCCACAUGCCUGCUGCCCUUAAAUACAACCUGCAUAAUGACAAGUAUAAUUGGUACUACCAUACCGAACCAGAACCACACAUAAACAACCGUGUCAUAUAUUGGCCACGAGGACGUGUCUGGGGAGGAUCGUCUUCACUCAAUGCCAUGGUGUACGUGCGAGGCAAUGCCGGUGAUUAUGACGGAUGGGAAAAGGCUGGAGCAAAAGGAUGGUCAUAUGCAGAUUGCUUGCCAUACUUUAAAAAAUCCCAAACCCAUGAACUUGGAGAAAAUGACUACCGAGGGGGUGACGGUCCACUUAAUGUGGCACGUGGUAGAAGCAACAACCCGCUGCAUCAGGCCUUUAUAGAGGCAGGUCAGCAGGCCGGCUUCCCUUUUACAGACGACAUGAACGGCUACCAACAGGAGGGCGUGGGGUGGAUGGACAUGACCAUUCACAAAGGUCGACGCUGGAGUGCUGCCAUGGCCAGCCUCAGGCCCGCACUAAAACGUGACAAUGUGACAGUGGAAUCUAACGCACUGUCAACCAGGAUUGUGUUUGAGAACAAGAGAGCCGUCGGUGUAGAGUAUGAACAGAAGGGUGUUAAACAGAUUGUACGAGCAGAGAAGGACGUGAUUCUGAGUGGAGGUUCAAUCAACUCUCCUCAGCUCCUCAUGUUGUCGGGUGUGGGCAAUGCAGAUGAACUUAAGGCAUUGGGCAUUCCUGUGGUUCAACACUUGCCUGGUGUUGGGGAGAACCUCCAGGACCAUUUCAAUGUUACUGUACAGGAAACAUGUAAGCUACCUAUCACUCUCUAUUCUGCUCAGUGGAAGUUCCCUCACAACAUGAUCCGCAUAGGGCUGCAGUGGUUCCUCACCCAGAAAGGUGAUGGAGCAACCUCCCACUUUGAGAGUGGUGGAUUUGUCCGAAGUGAAGAAGGCCUUCAGUACCCCGACAUCCAGUUCCAUUUUAAACCUGGUUCCACGAAUAACUACGGUGACGAACAUGCAUACCAGCUCCAAGCAGGACAUAUGCAUGCUACAAGCAGGGGUUGUAUAAAACUUAAAUCCAGCAAUCCCAGAGAUCAUCCAAAGAUCCUAGCUAACUACCUGUCUACAGAAAAGGAUGUGAAGAUAUUGAGAAACAGUCUUAAAAUCAUCAGGGAAGUGCUUAAACAGAAAGCGUUUGAUCCUUUCCGUGCUGGUCGGGAACUAUCGCCUGGACCCGAAUGUCAAACAGAUGCUGAAAUUGAUGCAUUUAACCGUGCUAAUGGAACCACCGACUAUCAUCCGUCAUGUACAUGUAAAAUGGGAUCGGAGAGUGACCCAUUGGCUGUGGUGGAUUCUCAAACACGUGUUCUAGGUGUUGAUAACCUCAGAGUUGUUGAUGCCUCUAUCAUGCCAAAUAUCAUUACUGGGAAUCUUAAUGGCCCUACAAUCAUGCUGGCUGAGAAGGCCGCUGAUAUCAUCCUAGGCAACAAACCACUGCCUCGGUCUACGGCACCUGUGUACAAACACAAGGUAUAGAUUGUGGAAAGACGUUUCUAUAGUUCCAGUCAGCUAUUCCAAGGUUAAUGGAAAGGCUUGUGAUCUAUGUUUUUCAUAUUUAGUUUUUUUUAUUCGAGUGGCACAUCGGUAACACCCUUGUCUUUCACCUUCGCGAAAGGGGUUCGACUCCCUGAUCGGAUGUUAAAAGGUAUUGGGGUAAUCUGGGCCUACAGACGAAAUCAAUAUUCCCUUAUAUAACUUGCUUUGCAAAAUUAAUAUCAAUAAAAUUUGAAUAUUUGUA